AUGGCUUUUGAUGCGGCAACUAAGGAACAUUUGGAGAAAGAACUUCUCCCUUUUCUAUCUAAGGAAGCUAGGGAGGAUGUCAAGUCGAUCGCUGUUCGAUAUUUCCUGGAAAUGACCGGCACAGAGGAAGGGAAAGACUUUAUUUCUGAAGGAAAUGCUUUCAUCCCCGCCAUCAUGUCGCUGACAUCGGACCAGGAUCAGGACGUGGCUAGAGACAGUUACCUAGCCCUCGUCAAUUUAUCCUCGGAUGACGCUAUUGCCUGGAAGCUUAUGCAUAUAAAUGGUGGCUUAGAAUUUAUGCUGGAAGUUUUACAGCGGGUGUUAAAGCCGGAUUUCGCACUAGCUGAUGAAGCCUCUAGCAUUAUUGCUAAUGUUACUCGUUUGCCAGAUUGUGCUAAGGCACUUGCUGAACAUAUUUUAUCAGACAAUGCAACAGUCACAUUAGAGAAGAUAGUCAAUGCCUUGUGCCAGAUUAAUUUUAACAAGAAAGCCACACUGAAUUAUUUGAGUCUUAUUUUGUCCAAUUUGACUCAAGUUCCUAAUAUUAGAAGAAUAAUCAUGGACAAGGAUCGGUGUAUAAUUCAGAAACUGUUGCCUUUCACGGAUUACGCUGAAUCGGUCAAGAGGAGAUGUGGGAUCGUUGGAGCUCUCAAAAACUGCUGCUUUGAAUAUGACUACCACAGCUGGCUGUUGAGUGAAGACGUUGACAUCCUGUCCAAGCUGUUGCUGCCUCUGGCUGGAGGAGAGGAGUUUGAUGAGGAUGAGAUGGAGAAGCUGCCUCUAGAUCUUCAGUAUUUGCCACCUGACAAGAAAAGAGAGGAGGACAGUGAGAUUCGAACUAUGCUUAUCGAUGCUAUCACUCAGCUGUGCAGUACCAAACAGGGACGUUUGCUUGUGAAGGAGAAGAAUGCCUAUGUGAUCCUUCGAGAACUGCACAAAUGGGAGAAGGACCCCAAGGCAAAGUUGGCCUGCCAGAAACUCUGUGAACUGCUGAUUUCUGACGAGCCAGAGCAAGGAAUGGAAGACCUACAUAAAGUGGAAGUUCCUGGCCACUUGGUAGAGAAAUUUGAUAAGCUGGACGAGGAUCUACUUAAUGACCUGGCAGAGGAGCUGCAACUGACUGAGAAGAAAGAAGCACCAGAACAGCCGCAGUAG